AUGUCCAUUAACUCGCGGAAAAGCGAGCCUCCCUACGUACCCGGACAUUUUCUGUGGGGUAACAGCGCACAGUUCUCAAAACAUCUUGUGCGCUUCCUGCAGACAUCUCAGAAACAGCUGGGCGACAUCUUCACCAUCCGUCUUCUUUACCACUACUUCACCGUCAUCAUGGACCCGAACUGCUACGAAAUGUUCGUUAAGGAGAAGAAUUUUGAUUUCUCUUUAGUUACGAAGCAAGUAAUUUCCAAUGUCUUCGGCCUUGAGGUGAAAUCUCGCCGCAAGUUGUUCAGUGAAACCGCCAAGCGCUUAAAAGGCGUGUACUUGAACACUACGAUGGACAACUUUGCGAAACACGUGCAGAACUCCUUCACAGAUUUGACGAAGACCUCAGCCAUGACCAACUCGGACUGCAAUGCCAACAUCAACACCGACGGGAACACCAGCGUCGACUGGAGAAGAGAAACGCUUUUCACGCUGAUGUCGAGGACCGUCUUCGCCUCCUUGUUCUACACCAUGUUCGGGUGCAGCGUGGACCCCUCAGGUGAGAAUACAACAAAGAACUUCUGCCCGAAGGUUUUUCACGACAAUUUUGACAUCUUUCACAAGUACUUCACCUACCUGUGGAUUGGCUUGCCGCUGAAACUCUUUCCCAAAGCCGCCGAGGCGUUCGCGGUCCUGUUACAGCAGCCGACAUCCCACAACAUGUUGCAGCGUGACGGAGUGUCCGAGCAAGUCAAGGUCUCCAUCAAUCACUUUCACCAACACGGUCACAGUGAGCAAGACAUUGCAGUUUAUAACCUCAUCUUGGUUCACGUCAACUACAAUAUUUUCCGUGUGACCUUCUGGUGCGUGUACAAACUGGCGGAGGACCCUCGCGUUCUCAAGGACCUCGAGAGGGAGCUUCACGAAGCCAUCGAAAUGAAACGCGCAGACGGAGAGGAAAGUGUGGCCUUCACCUUGGCAGAGAUCGAUGAAUUCCCUCUUCUUGAUUCCUUCUUGAAGGAGACCUUGAGGAUGUAUAGCUCCGCCUUAGUGGUUCGGUACAUCACUGAAGAUACAGAGUUCGAGAUGCCCAGCGGACACAAGUACACAGUGCGCAAGGGGGACCGUGUAGCCAUAAGUGCAGCAGCAGUUCACAUGGACCCUGAAAUCUUCCAAGAUCCAGAGGUUUUCAAGCACAAACGUUUUGUCAACACAACUUUCUACAAGUACGGCAAGGAGGUGAAGAAACUUAUCUUGUCCUUUGGCUCAGCCUGUGUAGGCCAGCGUUUCGCCCUCAUGCAGGUGAAGUGGUUCGUGGUCAGCCUCAUCAACUCCUUCUCGCUCCACCUCCCCGAGGGUCAGAAGACGGAGCCUAAUACGGAGAGCUACGGCGUCGAGAUCCUGCCACCAGUCAACGACGUGCAGGUUGACUUCCGACCAAAAGAGGGCGCUCCAGUCCUAGUGUACAGCGAAUGAGUUUGUGGACAGGAGCGCAUCCACCUCAUUCAAAGAAGGCGUCAGGGUUCUGGCUUUGCUGCCUCUCACUACGGUGCAUGAAUCUACGAGUUCGAAGCAAGGUGUUUUUGCGGUUUUAACUUUUUUUCCGUUUCUUACUCUUUCAUCUCAGUAGUAGAUUAAUAUUUUGAUUCAUGAGAGGGAUGAGCUCUUUUUGUCUUUAUUUUUUCAGUAUGUGAGAUCUGACAUUUAGUCAAUACAGAGGUAGCGUUUGCUGAAAAGCAAAGGUAUAUUUCAACAUUUCAAG